CAGGACUGUGUUGCUUUCCUUUACCGCCACAACAUCUUCCAAACGCCGUUUCUUUCUUUUGUCUCCUAAAAACGCCUCCUAACAGCCUUAGAAAAACCUUGGUGCCAACUUAAGGGGCAUUUAUGUCGUUUUCCCAAAAUCAUAUAUCAUCAUAUAAAGACAUCAAACAUCGCUGCUCAUAUAGAACUCAAGAACAGUCUAGCAAGCAAAUGGAAGGAGUGAGAAAUCAACAGGUAAUCUUGAAGGAUUACGUUAAUGGCUUCCCCAAGGAAUCAGACAUGCUCCUUAAAACUUCCUCCAUCACCCCCUUCAAGCUCCCACAAGGUUCCAAUGCCGUCCUCGUCAAGAACCUUCAUCUCUCCUGUGAUCCUUACAUGCGUGGCCGGAUGAGCAAAAACCAAGGAAGUUACGUCGAUUCCUUCACUCCUGGUUCGCCAAUAGUUGGAUAUGGAGUAUCAAAAGUGGUGGAUUCUGGACAUUCAAAUUUCAAGAAAGAUGACUUAACUUGGGGAGGAACUGGAUGGGAGGAAUACAGCUUUAUUCCUAAUCCUGAUACUCUGUUCAAGAUUCAAGAUACUGACGUCCCACUUUCUUAUUAUACAGGAAUCCUUGGUAUGCCUGGUAUGACUGCUUAUAUUGGUUUCCAUGAGAUAUGUGCUCCGAAGAAAGGAGAGUAUGUCUUUGUUUCAGCAGCUUCGGGGGCAGUCGGUCAGCUUGUUGGGCAGUUUGCAAAGCUGACCGGAUGUUAUGUAGUGGGAAGUGCCGGAACAAAAGAAAAGGUUGAGCUUCUAAAGAAUAAAUUUGGAUUUGACGAGGCUUUUAACUACAAGGAAGAACACGAUUUAAAUGCAGCUCUAAAGAGGUACUUUCCACAAGGAAUUGAUAUUUAUUUUGAGAAUGUGGGUGGAAAGAUGUUGGAGGCGGUGCUUUUAAAUAUGAGAUUAAAUGGACGAAUUUCAGUUUGUGGGAUGAUUUCACAAUACAAUUUGGAGGAAGGAGAAGGGGUGAAGAACUUGUUUUGUUUGAUAAAUCAACGUAUUCGUAUGCAAGGGUUUAUAGCGGUUGAUCAUUAUCAUCUUUAUUCAAAGUAUGUUGAAAUGGUCAUACCUUUAAUAAAAGAAGGGAAGAUAUGUUAUGUGGAAGAUAUUGCAGAGGGGCUUGAGAGUGCUCCGGCGGCUUUGGUGGGGCUGUUUUCCGGCAAAAAUGUUGGGAAACAAGUCGUGGUGGUGGCUCGUGAAUGAGUUGGUUUGUUUUGGCUUUGGCUGAGCAAUAAAUGUUUGCAAAUAAAAGAAAGUUGGCGUGUUUGCUAAUAAAAGAAAGUUGGCGUGUUUGCUAUAGGUUUAUAGCCAAUACUGGAUUUGGAUUCUAUAUUAUCUUUAAAAACAUUAAAAAUGAAAGAAAGUUGGCAUGUUUGCUAUAGAUAGCAUAUAUCUUAAAUGUUUAUGGACGCCUAUACAUGUUUGCUAUAGGUUUUUAGCAUACAUCUUAUAUGUUUAUGGACGCC